GCUGACUUCGGGAACCAGAGUCCGGGGCGCUCUCCGGGUGCGCAGGAGCGCGCCAGGGACGGCGAUUCGAGGACGCGGCGGCGGCGAAGGCAGCAGGUGCACCGGGCGGCGGGAGCGCGGCGCGGCGACCGGGCAUGCGGACGCCGCUGGUGAUGACGCUGGGCAUGGUCCUGGCGCCCUGCGGGCUGCUGCUCACCCUGACCUGCACGCUGGCGCCCGGCUGGCGGCUGGUAAAGGGCUUCCUGGACCAGCCGGUGGACUUGGUGCUGUACCAGGGCCUGUGGGACACGUGCCGCGAGCAGAGCAGCCGCGAGCGCGAGUGCGGCCGGCCGGACGAGUGGGGCUACUUUGAGGCCGAGCCUGUGCUGGUGGCGCGGGGACUCAUGGUCACGUCCCUGGCCACCACGGCCCUGGGGCUUCUGCUGGCUUCGCUCGGCGUGCGCUGCUGGCGGGACGAGCCCCACUUCGCGCUGGCCGGCCUCUCCGGCGUCGUGAUCUUCGUCGCGGGGCUCCUUAGCCUCAUCCCGGUCUCCUGGUACAACCACUUUUUGCAGGACCGCACCGUCCUGCCCGCCCCGUCCAGCCCCGUCACUGUGCAGGUCAGCUACAGCCUGGUGCUGGGCUACCUGGGCAGCUGCCUGCUGCUGCUGGGCGGCUUCUCGCUGGCGCUCAGCUUCGCGCCCUGGUGCGAGGAGCGCUGCAGCCGCUGCCGCAAGGCGCCCGCGGCCCACCCGCGCCGCAGCAGCAUCAGCACCGUGCACAUCGACUGGCCCGAGCCAGAGCUCACGCCCGCCAUCAAGUACUACAGCCAGGGCCAGCACUUGCCGCGGCCCGCCGAGCUCGGAGACGCCCGCAAGCCCAAAGUUGGCUUCCCCAUGCCGCGGCCGCCACCUAAGACCUACACCAACCCGGUGGACGUGCUCGACGGGGAGGAGAGGGCCGAGUCCCAGGGCGGCUCCUCACGCAGCACCCGGCCCUGCCGCAGCUCGCUGCCCUGCGACUCCGACCUGUAGACGCCGGCCCCCGGUCUUGUCUGCAGGCUGGGGUCUCAUGCCGGGACUGAGGGUGACAAAGGACUCCCCUUGCCACUCCCCAAUCCCUGCAGGCCUGAGUUUGCGUGUCGUCUGGCCGCUGGCCAGACACCUUCCUGUAACCGAUUUGGAGGGUGAUCUUCCUUUCCUGUGGACUCUAGACUCUUUGGACAAUUCGUUCACGUUGGGUUUGAUAGGGUUUGGUUUUCACCUCCAGAGGGAUUUCAGGGCCGGAGAGAGUGGCAGGCCUUUUCAUUUUUUUAGCUGAAGGAUAUAGAGGGUGGCCUGAGCAUCGCAUUGUUAGAGAAUAAUUACCAAAAAAAAAAAAAAAAAAAAAAAAAGUUGAUCUCAGCAAAUAGAGGCAAUGAAUACCUUGAAGCAACAAUAUUCUGAAACAGGAUGAUUCUUGCGUCAAUUUAAGUAUUAUAUUAUCAAUUUCGGCUGUAUAACUCAUUUUCAUGCAAACUCACAAGAAGCCAAUAUAUCUCUGGCUGUUUGAUUGAAGCUCUUAAAAUAUCUCUCAAAGCCAUGGAAAUACAGCACCUUUAGUGACUUUUAUGGAAUGAAACAUCCUGAUUAAUUCAUAUCUACAUUUCUUCAUGCAUAUGUAGGAUUUAUCUUUUCUAUCACUUUUGGUGUGAAAGUUGAGCUUAACUCCAGAGUUUCUCUUCUAGAAGCCAGAAGGAAAAUGAAGGGACUAACUUUAUGCUGUUUUGUAUUCCUUGGAAACCUCACCUUUUACAUAGUGGACUCUACAUUUAAUAUUUGGUACAAAGUGGAAAAUACAGGCAGUUCAAAAACA